AUGGAAGCCCAUGUUAGAAGGGCUGAACCUCCGGGGAGGGGAAUUGAGGAUGAUGAGACAGGCAUCGAGCUUCUGAAUAUCGAUGUCAGCCCAAACGGGAGUUUGGUCGCGAGGUCGCAAUUUGAGGAUUAUUCCCACCGAGGAUAUGAACUAGAAGAUAUGUCACUAUUGGAGUUCACCACGGACAGCUACGAGCGCAAUACCUGUCAAGAUAAAGUGGUGAAUCGACCUACAGACAAUACCUCCACAACCACGACAAGGCGUGGUCGUCCAGCAAACUCCAGGAGUCAGUACUUAGUAUCGCAUCAAAGCCACAAAACAAAACUCAGAGUUGUGCGUUCUUCUGGUCACCGAACCAUUGCGAACAUCAUCGGGAAAUGGUUCCCUCGUGGUGACGACUCAGAUUUCGUCGACAGUCACCAUGCCUCAAUGCUAUGUCUGCUCAAGCCUUGGAGGAAUUUAUCUACACUGAAAGGAGAAGGCGAGACGUGGACAUCAGCAUACGAAAACUUUCUGAAUUCAGAAAGAAUGGACGAUCGCACCGCAGCUAUAGUUGGGAAUGCACAAUUUUAUUAUGACUGCAAGGACGCUGCAACACGCCAAAGCUCAGAUAGUACCGUUCCCAGGGGCCGAGCACAUACGGAGGGUACUGAUGAUGAGAUGGAGGACAUGGAGGAUGGAGGCUUGGAUGAUGACAACGUAGAUUGGUCCGAAGCUAGCUUGGAGAGGUUCUUGAAAGAUAGGAACAAGACACGGGAAGUUCUUCAUGAUUUUCAGUGGGAUGGGUACAUGGCAAGCAGACACAGUUUCAUCAUCGAUUACUGGUUGCGACCUUCAGAAACUCGCGAAGUGGAAGGAUGCGAUGAAACGGGCAGAUACUGA